UGUGAAGUGACACUGUAAAAGUGCGUUCUUUAUAAAUGAACACCAGUUAUUUCCGGUCAAAUUUGUUUUAGAAUUUUUUUUGAAGCUGGAGCGAGAGAUCGGCAGACAUGUCCACGCUGUUCCCUUCUCUCUUCCCCCGGAUAACCGAGUCCCUGUGGUUUAACCUGGACCGACCCUGUGUGGACGAGACCGAGCUGCACCAGCAGGAGCAGCAGCAUCAAACCUGGUUGCAGAGCAUUGCAGAGAAGGACAACAACUUGAUGCCCAUUGGGAAACCUGUGUUUGAGGGAAGAUAUGAAGAGGAGGACGAGGAGGAUGACGAGGAUGAAGAGGACAGCGAGGAAGACUCUGAAGAUGAAGAAGACAUGCAAGACAUGGACGAGAUGAAUGAUUACAAUGAGUCGCCUGAUGAUGGCGAGAUCAAUGAGGUGGACAUGGAGGGGACAGACCAAGACCAAGACCAAUGGAUGAUUUAAGACAAAAGACAAUUUCAGUUUUCCAUCAAGCUGUCUGGCACUGGAUUUCUGCAGCCCACUUAAAACAUGACUCCAGCCCCUUCAUCUGUGACACACAAUUUUUUCGUAUUUGUGUAAACAGGAUUAGAAUAUCAUCGAGUUAAACCUUGUACCAUGAUAUCCUUCAGAUCAAGGUUGGGUAAAUCCGGCACAAGUGUCUCAUGUCAAGCUGCAGCCAGCCUUGAAGGCUCCGGACAUCAGUGGACAUCGCUGUGAGUGUUGCUGACAAAUUCACACUGUUGCGAAGGCGUGUGAAAAUAGUGCAUGGAUGCAUGUUUAAGCAGAUGUGCACAUAUCAUGUUUUUGUCUGUCUGUUUGUAUGUUUUUUCGUAGAGAUCUGUGUUCCUGUUAAAUACAUUUAACCGUUCGAUCCGGUCAAAGCAUUUCCACUCAUCUCGAGUGCUGUAAAACACACAAGGUCCUCCUGUUUUGUAACCAGUCGGACACACACCCACACAGUGGCAGCAAUAGGCAUCAUCCCAGUGAUCUUUCUCAGUGAAACUUUGACCUUGUCAUAUCUUCCGUCAUGUGCCAGUUCUCAGUCUCCAAACAGCUGACUGAGCAUUAACUACAGUUCAGUCAGCUAAAUAACUUUUUACUUAUGAAGGAGACUUACAGAUACUUACUUCACCAUAUAGUCCAAUUCUGUUUCAUAGCAGUGUUGUGUAUGUUGCUAAUCUUUUAUUCCAGAUAUCAUACCGUCAGUAGAAAUUUCAGAAAAGCUUGUGAAAUGGUAUUACGUUAUGACAAUGGUCAUAUUUCAAUAUUAACAAUGUCAAAGGUAAAAACAUUAAUUAACAUUGAGGAAUUUUAAUUUAAAUAUGAAUACACACAGUGGCCAUCUAAAUAGUCUCAUGUUUAUCUUAAAGGACUGCUUACCAAUGAUUUGAUUAUUUAUACUGAAAUGAAAAGGGGCCUUGGAAGUUUGUAUUAAAUUAUUUUGAUAAAAUUAUGUUUGUUUGUUUUUGUUUUUUAUUUUUUUUCCUACAUAUUAGUUACUUAUUAAUAAAGAACACAAAAUGUAACCUGGUUGUGAGGGAUGUGUGUUGGAUUUAGGUGGACUAAUUUUUCAAUGAGAUAAAAAUUCAGACAUUAAAGUCCAGCACUGAUAAAGAGCAAUCUGAAUUUGGUUUGACUUGGGUGGUGCCGAUGUCCACAGUUCACUUUAUGCAAUUCAACAUUUAAUGUCAGGUAAUGGUUACAUUCCCACUUGAGGGCAAACAACUUUCUGUAUUAAAUUUGUACAUAAAGGACAUUAAUAAUAAACUGACCUAAAAUUUU